AUGGCCGAGGAGUUUACAGAGGAAAAUUUAGAAGAAGAUCCAGAAGUUCACUAUAAGGCACCCGAGAUGAAAACGGAUGAUGAAAGCCUUGCAAAAUACAAAGCGACCUUACUCGGUACAUCACCAACCGAUAUUAUUGUUGACCCUUCAAAUCCGAAAGUUGUUAUUGUCAAGUCGAUCACGUUACUCGUCCCUGGCCGUGAAGAAGUCACAAUGCAACUAGAUAAUGCAGGUGCCCUGGGAGAUGCGACUUUCAGGAUGAAGGAAGGCUGCCAGUACCGACUUCGCUUUGAUUUUUAUGUUCAACGUGAGAUUGUCACCGGUCUAAAAUAUGUGCAUAAAGUGAGCCGUCAUGGAGUGCAAGUUUUGAAGGAAAACUUUAUGGUUGGAUCGUAUGCACCGAAAAAGGAGCUCCAGAGCUAUACCACCCCAGUUGAAGAAGCUCCCUCCGGUAUGCUCCAUCGUGGCAAAUAUAAAGUGAAGUCACAGAUGACUGAUGACGAUGGCCACGACUGGUUGACAUGGUCAUGGACCACGGAGAUCUCGAAAGACUGGUAA